CUUAAUUAGAAUAAUUGAGACUGAAAUGAGUAAAAAGGAAAAUAAUAAUAAUCUCUACAACGUAAUAUAGCUGCAAUGUACGUGGUGGUUACAUAACAUUGUUUAUUUUUGUUUCACAUUCAUUAACUUCCAAAGAGAAAGGAAAAGGUUAUUUUUGUCUACACAAAACAACAUUAACAGAAAUAACUGGAAAAAAAAUUUAGCAAAUAACUAAUGAUUUUCAAUAUACCCUUUAAUUUUCUCCAAAUUUGUAGUUAGUUAUAAUUUGAUUUUUUGUUGCUGGUGUGGUCGUGGUGAUGGAGGGUGGAGGUAGUUUUAGGAUUGGAAGUUCAUCAAUUUGGAGGAACACUGAUGCUGAUGAGAUUUUUUCAAAUUCUUUUCACCAAGAAGAUGAUGAAGAAGCUCUUAAAUGGGCUGCAAUUCAGAAUCUUCCUACUUUUGCGCGUUUGAGGAAAGGUUUGCUCACUUCACUUCAAGGUGAAGCUAUUGAGAUUGAUAUCGAGAAACUUGGGUUGCAAGAAAGAAAAGAUUUGCUUGGAAGACUUGUUAGACUUGCUGAAGAGGACAAUGAAAAGUUUUUGCUCAAACUCAAGGAUCGAAUCGACAGAGUUGGUGUUGAUCUUCCUACGAUAGAGGUUCGAUUCGAGCACUUGAAUAUCGAAGCAGAAGCUCAUGUAGGAAGCAGAUCUUUACCUACCUUCACUAAUUUCUGGGUUAAUAUAGUUGAGGGACUAUUGAACUCUCUGCAUGUACUUCCAAGUAGAAAACAACACCUAAAUAUUCUCAGGAAUGUUAGUGGAAUAAUAAAGCCUUCAAGAAUGACAUUGCUUUUGGGUCCUCCAAGUUCUGGAAAAACCACACUCCUGUUGGCCUUGGCUGGAAAGCUUGAUCCAAAAUUGAAGUUUUCUGGAAAGGUGACUUAUAAUGGGCACGAGAUGAAUGAGUUUGUGCCGCAAAGAACUUCUGCUUAUGUGGAUCAACAUGAUCUUCACAUUGGAGAAAUGACUGUCAGAGAAACCUUGGCCUUCUCAGCAAGAGUCCAAGGAGUCGGGCCUCGUUAUGACUUGCUAGCUGAAUUGUCCAGAAGAGAAAAACAUGCAAAUAUCAUGCCUGAUCCAGAUAUUGAUGUGUACAUGAAGGCUAUAGCAACUGAAGGCCAAAAGACUAAUUUGAUAACAGAUUAUGUCCUAAGGGUUUUGGGAUUAGAGAUUUGUGCUGAUACUUUAGUAGGAAAUGCAAUGGUAAGAGGUAUUUCUGGGGGACAAAGGAAACGCGUCACAACGGGGGAGAUGUUGGUUGGACCUAAUAAAGCACUAUUCAUGGAUGAAAUAUCUACUGGUUUGGAUAGCUCAACAACUUUUCAAAUUGUGAAUUCAAUGAAACAAUAUGUUCACAUUCUCAAAGGAACCGCGGUUAUCUCACUCCUGCAGCCACCACCAGAGACUUACAAUCUUUUUGAUGACAUUAUUCUACUUUCUGAUAGUCAAAUUAUAUAUCAAGGUCCCCGCGAGAACGUGCUUGAAUUUUUCGAAUCAAUGGGUUUUAAAUGUCCUAACAGGAAAGGAGUGGCAGAUUUUUUGCAAGAAGUGACAUCAAGGAAAGAUCAAGAGCAGUACUGGGAACACAAGGAUCAGCCUUAUAGAUUUGUCACAGCUGAAGAGUUUUCUGAGGCAUUUCAAUCAUUUCAUGUUGGCAUAAGACUUGGUGAUGAACUUGGUACUGAAUUUGACAAGUCUAAGAGCCAUCCAUCUGCCUUGACAACCAAGAAAUAUGGCGUGGGACAAUGGGAACUGUAUAAAGCUCUCUUAUCAAGAGAAUAUUUACUCAUGAAGCGCAAUUCAUUUGUCUACAUCUUCAAGCUUUGCCAACUGUCUUUAAUGGCAAUUGUUGCGAUGACCAUCUUCUUACGGACUGAGAUGCACAGAGAUUCCGUGACUCAUGGAGGCAUAUAUGUAGGUGCAUUGUUCUUUGGUGUUGUAGUGAUAAUGUUCAAUGGAAUGGCUGAAAUUUCCCUGGUAGUUUCAAGGCUUCCUGUUUUCUACAAGCAAAGGGGAUACCUCUUUUAUCCUCCAUGGGCAUUUGCUCUUCCUUCAUGGAUCCUAAAAAUCCCUUUGACUUUGGUGGAAGCUGCUGCUUGGGUAUUCCUCACUUAUUAUGUCAUUGGUUUUGAUCCAUAUAUUGGAAGAUUUUUCAGACAAUACCUUAUUCUUGUACUAGUACACCAGAUGGCUUCUGCAUUAUUCAGAUUCAUUGCAGCAAUCGGGAGAGAUAUGACAGUUGCUUUAACAUUUGGAUCAUUUGUACUUGCCAUCCUUUUUGCUAUGAGUGGUUUUGUCCUAUCAAAAGACAGUAUAAAAAAAGGGUGGAUAUGGGGAUUUUGGAUAUCACCUAUGAUGUAUGGACAAAAUGCCAUGGUCAAUAAUGAGUUCUUUGGUAAUAGCUGGAAACAUGUUCUUCCUAACUCAACGGAGCCACUAGGAGUUGAAGUUUUGAAAUCUCGCGGGUAUUUCACCGAGUCAUACUGGUACUGGAUUGGUGUGGUUGCUUUGAUUGGAUAUACAUUAGUUUUCAACUUUGGCUAUAUCCUUGCUCUCACUUUCUUGAAUCGUGAGUGUCUUCACCUUAGAUGUAUAAUAAAACAAACACGACUAGUCCAUGUACUAAUAUACGAAAAAAAUUAUCAUGCAGCACUCGGAAAGCAUCAAACUGUUAUUCCGGAGGAAUCUCAAAACAAUGAGGAAAAUGGUGGUAGCAGAAAAAGAACUAAUGUAUUGAAGUUCAUAAAGAAUAGCUUUUCCCAGCACUCAACUAGAGUGAAAAACGGUGAAUGUACAAGUGGAAGCGUCUCUCCUAGUACUUUAUCUAGUAGACAGGAAACAGUUGCGGCAGAGACAAAUCAUAGUAGGAAAAGAGGAAUGGUUCUUCCUUUUGAACCACAUUCAAUCACCUUUGAUGAUGUUACGUAUUCUGUAGGCAUGCCGCAGGAAAUGAAAAACCGAGGUUUUGUUGAGGAUAAGUUAGUUCUUUUGAAAGGUGUCAGUGGAGCUUUCAGACCAGGUGUUCUCACUGCUCUAAUGGGGGUGACUGGUGCUGGAAAAACAACUUUGAUGGAUGUGCUCUCUGGUAGAAAAACUGGUGGAUAUAUCGAUGGGAACAUUACAAUUUCUGGCUAUCCAAAGAAGCAAGAAACCUUUGCAAGAAUUGCUGGAUACUGUGAGCAAAAUGAUAUCCACUCUCCUUAUGUUACUGUCUAUGAGUCCUUGCUCUAUUCAGCAUGGCUCCGAUUGUCCCCCGACAUCAAUGCUGAAACCCGGAAGAUGUUCAUUGAGGAAGUUAUGGAACUUGUGGAAUUGAAACCACUACGAAACGCAUUAGUAGGACUUCCUGGUGUUAGCGGUCUCUCGACAGAGCAGCGCAAAAGGUUGACUAUUGCAGUUGAGUUGGUAGCCAAUCCUUCUAUAAUAUUCAUGGAUGAGCCAACUUCUGGGUUAGAUGCAAGGGCUGCAGCUAUUGUGAUGAGGACAGUUAGGAACACAGUAGACACCGGAAGAACAGUUGUUUGUACCAUUCACCAGCCUAGUAUCGAUAUAUUUGAAUCUUUUGAUGAGCUUUUGCUACUUAAGCAAGGAGGGCAAGAGAUAUAUGUGGGGCCACUUGGACAUCAUUCGUCCAAUUUAAUUGGUUACUUCGAAGGAAUCCAAGGUGUUAGAAAAAUUAAAGACGGUUAUAAUCCAGCAACAUGGAUGUUGGAAGUCACAACUUCAUCUAAAGAAGUGGAAUUGGGGAUUGAUUUUGCACAAGUCUACAAAAAUUCAGAAUUAUACGGGAGAAACAAAGUACUUAUCAAAGAAUUGAGUAAUCCAGCUUCUGGUUCAAAAGAUCUUUAUUUUCUAUCACAGUACUCAAGAUCCUUUUUGACACAAUGCAUGGCUUGUUUAUGGAAACAACAUUGGUCUUAUUGGCGUAAUCCUCUAUAUACCUCCAUAAAACUUUUGUACUCAACCUUGGUAGCUGUUUUGCUUGGAACAAUGUUUUGGAACCUUGGCUCUAAAAUUGAAAAGGAGCAAGAUCUUUUUAAUGCCAUGGGAUCCAUGUAUGCUGCUGUUCUCUUAAUUGGCAUAAAAAAUUCUACCUCAGUGCAGCCAGUGGUUUCUGUAGAACGAACGGUCUUUUAUAGAGAAAGAGCAGCCGGAAUGUAUUCUGCUUUCCCAUAUGCAUUUGGUCAGGUUGUAAUCGAGCUUCCAUAUGUCUUUGUACAAACUGUGGUCUAUUGCUUUAUAGUUUAUGCUAUGAUUGGUUUUGAGUGGAAUGUGGCUAAAGUUUUGUGGUGUCUAUUCUUCAUGUAUUUCACCUUCCUCUACUUCACCUUCUAUGGUAUGAUGUCAGUGGCCAUGACCCCAAACAGCCACAUUUCCACUAUAGUUUCCUCUGCAUUCUAUGCUGUAUGGAAUCUCUUCUCAGGAUUCAUAAUCCCUAGACCAAGGAUUCCAGUGUGGUGGAGGUGGUACAGUUGGAUAAAUCCAGUGGCUUGGAGUUUGUAUGGAUUAGUGGCUUCACAAUAUGGAGAUAUAAAACACAACAUUGAUACCAAUGAUGGAAGACAAACAGUAGAAGGUUUUCUCAGAAAUUACUUUGGUUUCAAGCAUGAUUUUCUAGGAGUGGUUGCUAUUGUUAAUGUUGCAUUUCCAAUAGCUUUUGCUUUGGUCUUUGCCAUAUCAAUCAAGAUGUUUAAUUUCCAAAGGCGUUAAGGACACUCAACUCAUACUUCUUGUAUAGGAAAUCCUAUAGGACGCUUAUUGUAUUUUUCAGAUUUACCAAUCAAAUAUUGUAUCAUCACAGCUAGAGAUUAGAUAGUGUAAGUUACAUUAGAAACAUACAAUACAGUUGAAUAUAGAUCCCAUAACCAUUA